AUGGAUAGAGUUUAUUCUUUAAGUGUUUAUGAAACCCCUACACAUUUUUAUAUAAUUGGCUCAGAUGCAACAGAAAAUAUAUUUCGAACGCUUAAAAUUGACAGAAUUACACAAAAUGAAUUUAUAGUUGGGGAACCAAAUCAUGAUUAUAGUAAAGCUGAUAUUGGUGAACUUCUUGCAACAGUUUCUUCAAGUUCAAUAGUGACACCAACUGAAAAAUGGGGAAGAAAAAGAAAUAGUACAGUCUCUACAGGAGGAGGGCUUUUACGAACUUUAGAGAAGGCAUGUGGAUUAAUUGGAGCUGUUCGGUUUUUACAUGGAUAUUAUUUACUUUUAGUCUCUAAAGCAAAACAAAUUUGUCAAAUUGGAAAUCAUUCAAUUUUUAAAGUUGAAGAUGUUUCGAUGAUUUAUUUGCCUUCAACUUCAACUCCCUUACCUCCAGAAGAACAAAAAUAUGCAAAAUUAUUUCAGACAGUUGAUUUUACAACAAAUUUUUAUUUUUCUUAUACAUAUAAACUCAGUCGGACUUUACAAGAAAAUUCUUUGGCAGAAAAAGGAAUUAAAUGGAAUAAAAAUAAUUAUAAAUUUAAUAUGAAAAGUGAACAAAAAUUUGUUUGGAAUGAUUUUUUACUUGAACCGUUCAGAAAAAGCCGGAAAUGGUAUUUGGAACUUGUACAUGGAUAUAUUGGUCAUCAAUUGGUAGAAUUGCCCUGUGCUAAAUUUGAUUUAAUUCUUUUGGCUAGACGCUCUGCUGAAUUUGCUGGCACUCGUUUUUUAAAAAGAGGUACAAAUUACAAAGGGUCUGUAGCUAAUGAUGUUGAAACUGAGCAAAUUGUAUGGGAAGUUAGCAAUUCGGGAAGUUUAAAUUCUGGAAAAUUUUCUGCUUUUGUUCAACGAAGAGGGUCUGUUCCUCUUUUUUGGUCACAAGAUUCAAUGCAUAGAGGGGCUCCAAUGGUUGUUGGAAAACCUCCAAUAGUGAUUGAUCGUGUAGAACCAAAUGCUUUAACAACAGCAAUACAUUUUCAAGAUUUGAGGAGAAAAUAUGGCCAUCCAAUUAUUGUUUUAAAUUUAGUUAAAAGAAUGGAACAGAAACAUAAUGAAAAUUUACUUCACGAUAAUUUUUGUAAAACAAUUCAAUAUUUAAAUCAAUUUCGACAUUCUGGACAUUGUAUUGACUAUAUUAGUUUUGAUGUUAGUCGUUGUAAUAAAACAGGUCGGGUACUUCAACAAUUGGACCGUCUUGGUCAAAGAGUUGUUUUGGCUACUGGAUGGUUUCAGAAUUUUCCUUCGCUUAAAUUUCGAGAUCCCUCAAAUCUAAAUUCAAUACCUUUUGGGGCUGAAGAUGUUGUUUAUCGUUUUGAACCAGAAAUGUCUUCUGAUAAUCGAAUGCUUUUACAACAUGGAAUUGUUAGGUCAAAUUGUGUUGAUUGUUUGGAUAGAACUAAUGUAGCACAAUUCGGAUUAGGAAAAGCAGCUCUUUGUUGGCAAUUAUUCUCUAUGGGACUUUUAGAUUCUCCAUCUCCCCAAUCAUUAAGUAAUGAAUUUUGUAGAAGUUUUGAAGAAUUAUAUGAUGAACAUGGGGAUACUUUGGCAUGGCAAUAUGCUGGAUCUCAACUUGUUCAUUCCAUUAAAACUUACAAGAGGACUGCUGUUUUUCAAGAAAGAAGUAGGGAUGUAUUACAAACAUUGUCUCGUUAUUAUAGCAAUACGUUCAGUGAUUUUGAAAAGCAAGAUGGAAUUAAUUUAUUUUUGGGGACUUACCGUGUUCAGGCAGAUCAACCUCCAAUUUGGACUCUUGGUUCUGACCACUAUUUACAUUUUCCUAUUGCCUUGCCUAAAUCGAACGAAUUUUUACUUUGGUCUAUUUCUGUCAGUUCAGAUAAUGAAGAUGAGGAUUGGGUGGCUGAUUCUGAAUUUAGAGAUUGGGUAAUUCUAAAGACUUCAAAUGAUUUGGUUAAUAUUUCAAUAAAUAAUCUGGAAAUAAAAAAUGAAGAGAAUUUUUCAAAUUUUGAUGAUUAUUUAUUUUCUAUAACACAUAAAACUUUUGAAUUUACAAGUUUGGAGCAACUGUUACGUUUACAACAACAAAUGCAGCAGCGCCGACCUUUAGUUUUGGAUUCGUUAAGGCGAAGUCAGCAGGGAGGGGGAUCUUUUAUGUGGAUGUUUAAGAGUGAACAUUCUCCUUCACCUCCACCUGCUCUAUCAUUUACUUCCAGUAAAUUUAGUAUUAAUAAUCGUCAAACAACAACAACAACCUCCUAUUCUUCUUUUGCUGCUGGCACAGCUUCAAUUAUACGAAAAGAAGAAAUAAAAGAGAAAAUAAAAAUUAAAAAAAGUUUUGUUGAUGAAGAAGGGCAAAAACCUUUAUUGCUUUUUGAUGAAAAUGAAAUAGCUGAAGAAGCAGAUGAACAAAAAGUUGAAGAUCAAUCUGAGGGAGGGGAGGACAAUUCUGGAGGAAUUGAAGGAGGGGGAACACUUUUGUUAAUGACUUUAGAUAAACAAAACGAAAAUAAACAAAAUAUUAUUGGAAAUUCGAAGGAAGAGGGAUUGGCUAUAUUUUCUGCUGUUGAAGCUGAAGAAAGAACUUUUGAGAGUGAUGUAAUUAUUUUAGAAGAUAAAAAUGCUCCAGAGGAAUUGGCAAAUGAUCCUUUAAAUAAAUUUAGAGCUUUAUUAAAUCACCAAAUUACCCAAACUCCAAAAAUUCAACGAAAACAACCUUUUGGAAUUAAUACUGGACUUAAAUCUCCUCGAGAAGUUUAUUUUGGAAUAAAAAAUGGAAGGAAAAGUGUUUGUGGCGGUUAUAGAGGAAUUUUGGGUAUUUCGGAUGUGGAUAUGGCUUUAUACAGUAAAUACUCUAUGGCAGCUUCGAGUGUUUUUGAAAGACACAAUUUGAGAAGGCAAAGACAGCCAACAGCUUGGAAAUUACCAAAUCCUUUGAAACACUUACAAAAACCUUCUUCAACAUCAACUCCACCUUCUCAACAAUUAAAAUUUUCUCCUUUCGGCAAUACUUUAACUCGUUCUGCCCCAACAAAACAACAACAACAACGUAAAUCUUCUCAAAAAGUUUCCUCCUCUACUUAUUCUUCCCCAACAAAUAUAAAAUUUCCUCAACCACAAACUUCCCCAUUUCGAAAAGAUUUUUAUCGUCUUGGACCUGCUUUUGAAUUUAAACCUUCAAAUUUUUCUAAAAAUAAUUCUAUCUCUGUAGAAUUGGAACCAAUAUCUGAUGAGUCGAUGUUAAUUUAUAAAAAGAUUUUUGAAGAAAAUUAUUUAAAAGAGAUUUUAAAAAAUAUAUAG